CUGCAGAGAGGAAGGAAGCAGGAGAGAGCAUGAGCUAUCUGCUGGCAACUCCCCUCUGCCUGCUGACCCUGCUGCUGCCACCCCUCAGUCUGGCAGCCCCCAUCUCCCCAGCUGAGCCCAUCAGCCAAGCCUACAGCCUGGCCCUCUACAUGCAGAAGAAUACCUCAACGCUGCUGCAGAUUUACCUCCAGUACCAGGGCAGCCCCUUUAGUGACCCUGGCUUCUCAGCCCCUGAGCUGCAGCUGCUCAGCCUGCCUCCUGCCGCCAUCUCUUUCAAGACCUGGCAUGCCCUGGAUGAUCGGGAGCGGCUAGGCCGUGCCCAGGGGGCCUUCCUCGCCUUGACUCAGCACCUCCAGCUCGUGGGAGAUGACCAGAGUGACCUGAAUCCUGGCAGUCCCAUCCUGCUGGCCCAGCUUGGGGCUGCACGACUCAGGGCCCAAGGCCUGCUGGGUAACAUGGCUGCCAUCAUGACUGCCCUGGGGCUGCCUAUCCCCCCCGAAGAGGACACUCUUGGGCUUGUCCCUUUUGGGGCCUCAGCCUUUGAGAGGAAAUGUCGAGGCUACGUAGUGACCCGGGAAUAUGGCCACUGGACAGACCGCGUUGUGAGGGACUUGGCUCUGCUCAAGGCCAAAUACCCAGCAUAGAGAGGUAGGACUUUCUGUCAGAGGCUGCAACACUUCCUCUUUCAUAGCACUCUUUUCUGCCUUGCUUCUG